GCCGAGGGAGGCCUGGCCUCUGGCUCCCACCCCCAGGGUUGUAGACCGGCCAGUGGCAGCAGCAGGGGUGAGAGUGCAGGUGGGGGAGGCAGCAGGGGCAGGCUGGGCUGGCCGGCUGCAGAGGGGUGGCCCGGGAGUGUCCAGCCACAGGAACCUUGGGGCAGCCCCGGCUGAGAAUUCUGCAAACUCCUCCCCCCAGAGCUGAGGGCCGGGCUGUAGGAACACUUUCAGUUUUGUUUCUGCAAAAAACGAAACUCAGCAGGAAGACUCCGGAGACUAGACCAUGGAGGGAGCCUUCCAGGUGUGCGUGAACUGCAAAAGAAGGGUGGCCUCUCCCCACCUGGCCCUCCAUGAGGCGCACUGCGUGCUGUUCCUGGCCCAGUGCCCCGAGUGCAAGGAGCCCGUCCUCCAGGCGAAGAUGGACGAGCACUGCGAGAACGGGCACCAGCAGGUCGGGUGCGCCAUGUGCCAGCAGAGCAUGCAGAAGAGCGUGCUGGCAUUUCACGAGACCAGGGAAUGCAAGGAGCGCCCCGUUGUGUGUGAGUUCUGCAGGGCAGCCGUGCGCCUCAGCAAGCUGGAGAUCCAUGAGCACCACUGCGGCAACCGCAUAGAGCUGUGCCUGGACUGCGGCCAGCCCAUCAUGCUCCGCACGCUGGCCCAGCACAGGGAUGCCUGCCAGAGCGAGCAGGCCCAGCACCGGGCAGGGAAGAAGAUUUCAGCUCCCGAAAGCAGUAUCUGCUGUCAUUAUUGCAACCAAAUGAUCCCAGGAAAUAAGUAUUUACACCAUAUGGAUAAAUGUCGUACCACCUCGGAGUCUGCAAAAUAUUUUCCAACUGAGGAGACAGGAAAUUCUCCUCCAUCCCUCCCAAGGCAGGCUGCUAAAGAUCAAACUCCCACCGCAGUGAAAGAUGUUCGCCCAAAGACGAAAAAUGCAAACAGAUUUCCUCUUCUUUCUGAAAGUUCAACAAAGCAAGCACCGCGCGGCACAGACAAAACCCUGGACCUGCCUCUGAAGCCUGAGCACCAGCCCUGGGUCGUGGACGACCCGGCCUAUGACAUUCUGCGGAGGUGCCCUCAGUGUGACAUCCUCCUUCCCCUGCCGACCCUAAACCAGCAUCAGGAGAAAUGCUGGUGGUUAGCUUCAUGGCGAGGAAAACAAGGGAGAAACUCCAGCUAGAUUUGGAAAAGAAAAGAGAUGUUGGUUUGCCCAAGAGAUACAGAUAAACCAGGAGAGAAAAAAGCCUCCAGCUCUUCUGCCUGAGAAUUCGGAUCAAGCAUCUGGGCCCCAUGGCCUGGACAUGUCGGGGGACCCCAGCUUUGUCCAUUUUAAAUUCCCACCAGCAAUUGGUGUGACCGUCAUCAUUUCCCCACAUUCUCUGGCCAGCGUUUGGUAUCACCAUCAUCAUUUUUUUCCAAUUUUAACUAUUCUAAUAAGUACGUGGUCGUCUCUUACUGUGAUUUCCAAUUGCAUUUACCAUAAUGAUGUUGAUUAUCUUUUCGUUUGCUAAUUUGCCAUCUGAAAUGUCUAUUCGAGUCUUUUGCCCAUUUUCAGAAUGGACUGUUUCCUUUCCUGUUGAGUUUUGAGAUAUGUACAUAUUCCCUGGAGAAUAAAAACACCCUCAGAGGGAAGGCAGGGGAGGGGAGGGGGGUGAGAGAUCAACCAAAAGACUUGCAUGCACGCAUAGAUGC